AUGGCAACAUCACAGGAUCAACCGCUUGGCCCCGAUGUUUGCGUGAUAGGAGCAGGACCACUCGGUCUCAUCGCACUUAAGAACCUUCGUGAACAGGGACUUCAUGCUAAAGCAUUGGAAAGGCACGAAUAUAUCGGUGGAACAUGGCAUGCUUCGUCGAAUGCUGAGCAGACUACUGCAUCAGAAUACACGACAGCGAAUACCUCCAAGCAGUGUUGUGCUAUCACUGACUUUCCUAUGCCUGAUGAAUUCCCUAUGCAUCCUCCUCAGAAGAACCUCGAACAAUACUUCGAAAUGUACGCUGAGAAAUUCAACCUUCUCCCACACGUCGAGUUCUCGAUAUCAGUAGAUCACAUUGAACGUGAUGAGAAACACCAGAAGUGGAAGGUUUUCACCAAGAAUGCGAAGACGGGCGUUGAAGAGGUCAGGGCAUACAGUCGUGUGGUAGUCGCCACUGGGAUGCUCAACACCAAGCACAUGCCACAUGUGAAAGGCAUUGAACAGUUUUCUGGAGACGCUCUUCACUCUAGACAGUUCAAGGAUCCUCACAAGUACCGCGGAAAGAACGUAAUCGUCGUGGGAGUUGGUGCAACCGGCGUUGACUCAACGUCUUUCCUUGUCAAGGCCGAGGCCAAUAAAGUCUACGCCAGCCAUCGAGGCACCGUUUUUGUUCUACCUAGAAAGGUUAAAGGGCAGGCCUUUGAGCAUAGUAUGAGCCGUCGCAUGGCUAUGUGCAUACGAUCGUUGGGGAACUUCUCGCCGACUAUUCUUGCAGCAUUGAUGACCAAGAUGAUGGCCAGCGUGCGAGAUAAGGAGUGGCCACUCAUGAAGGAAAUCUUGAAAGGCCGGCCAGUCGAUGGGAUUUUCCAUCGAAUACCACUAUUCUCGGCGGACCUGGCGGACAAUCUAAAGAAUGGCAGUGUCAAGUCCGUGAUGGGGAUCCAAGAAAUCACUGGGCCGAAGACGGUUAUGCUGACGGAUGGUACCGUCCUCGAAGACAUCGAUGCCAUCAUCUUUUGUUCGGGUUAUGGCUAUGACUUCUCCAUCAUCAAGGGUCCUGGCGAUCCCACUGACCCAGCCAUUGCCCCUGAUCACAAUAAGAAGAUCGAAGCAGCCAAGUAUUAUCAAGACGACCACAAAUUUGCUCGUCUUUACCAUGGCUUCCUCUCAGAGCAGUUCCCAGAAUCAUUAUCCUUCAUCGGCCAUGGCCUCAUCAUGAAGCCCCCGUUCGUGCUGAACGAUCUCUUCACCAUGGCGCUGGCAAGUCUAUGGUCAGGAAGUUACCCCAUCGCAAACGCAGAAGAGCGUCGCAAAGAUAUCAACGCUCACUACGACUUCAUCGUCAGCGUACUACAACGAGGCCCAGUUCCCCACCCAGGAUUGCGGUUCAAGAUGGUCAAAACUUAUGAGUUCAUCAAUCAAGCGGCAGGUACUGGAGUGACAGAUCGACUGGGUUGCUUUACCUGGGAGGCUUGGAAGUUGUGGUGGAAUGACCGAAAGUUUUAUAAUCUUCUUAUGGAUGGGACUGAUGUUCCCGCGGCGUAUAGGCUAUUUGAUACAGGUCGAGGUCGAAAGCCUUGGGCUGGUGCGAGAGAACAUAUCAUUAAGACGAAUGCCGAGGUGAAAGAAUUGGGAGAGGUUUGGAAGAAGGAGAAUGACAAGAAGACGAAAGCGAGGCGUUCCUUGUUGGAUCUUAUCCGCACCAGAGGCGACGACGAAGACGACAACAGCAGCAGCCAUAGAGAACAAGGGAGUGAGGACGACGACAGGUCCCCGGCCAGGUCCAACUCCAGUUCCAGGGGCUUCGGUGGCCGUUUCAGUGGAAGCUCCAGCGAUUCAGCCCCCGCGCCGCCCGCUAACGUUCACAUUAAUACUGCUGAUGGUGCAGGUGAUGACCCCACUCUCAGAGCUGCUGCAUCGUCAUCAUCGGCUCGACUCCACUCUGAAGCUGCUGUUGCUCUUGCUGCUCUAGCGUUGGUCGAUGUGGAUGUAGCUCGUCAAGUGCCUCUGCCAAACUCUCCACCACCAUCUCCGUCUACGUCUGCGUCUUCGUCUCUGUCCCCAUCUUCAUCAACACCUCAAUCUCCAUCUCGACCGCCUCCGUCGUCAACCUUCUCCCCCGGUUCGACAUCGCAUUCCAUCCGGCCACAGUCGCCGAGUUCACCUAUAUCACCUAAUAAUCAAUCCGAUAACGCGCCAGUUUCGUCACCCAAGAUGCCUCCUAAGAAGGCUGCCAACAAGAGCAGCAAGUCCAACGAGGACGAUGGCUACACAACUGGUAAAAUCUACUCUAUCUCCGGUCCCGUCGUUAUCGCCGAGGACAUGAUUGGUGUUGCCAUGUACGAGUUGGUCAGAGUAGGACACGACAACCUCGUUGGUGAGGUUAUCCGAAUCAAUGGCGACCAGGCCUCUAUUCAGGUUUACGAGGAGACAUCCGGCGUCAUGGUCGGUGACCCCGUCUACCGAACCGGAAAGCCUCUGUCCGUCGAACUCGGUCCCGGUUUGCUCAACGGUAUCUACGACGGUAUCCAGCGUCCUCUCGAGGCCAUUUCCAAGAUGGCCAAGUCCAUUUACAUUCCCCGCGGUAUCGCCGUCCCUGCUCUCGACCGCGAGAAGAAGUGGGAGUUCACACCCUCCGUCAAGGUUGGCGACCACCUCUCUGGUGGUGAUGUCUGGGGUUCCGUUUUCGAGAACUCCUUCCUUGCCAACCACAAGAUUCUGUUCCCUCCUCGCGCCCGGGGAACCGUUACCAAGAUCGCCGCCAAGGGCGAGUACACCGUUGUCGACAACAUUCUCGAGGUCGAGUUCGACGGCAAGAAGACCGAGUACCCCAUGAUGCAGUCCUGGCCUGUCCGAGUGCCCCGUCCUUCCAACGAUAAGAAGUCCGCCGAUCAGCCCUUCAUUGUCGGUCAGCGAGUUCUCGACGCCCUUUUCCCCAGUGUCCAGGGUGGUACCGUCGCCAUCCCUGGUGCCUUCGGUUGUGGAAAGACUGUCAUUAGUCAGUCUGUGUCCAAGUUCUCCAACAGUGACGUUAUCGUCUACGUCGGUUGUGGUGAGCGAGGUAACGAGAUGGCUGAAGUCUUGAAGGAUUUCCCCGAGCUCACCAUCGAGGUCGACGGCCGCAAGGAGCCCAUCAUGAAGCGAACAACCCUUAUUGCCAACACUUCCAACAUGCCUGUCGCUGCCCGAGAAGCUUCCAUUUACACAGGAAUUACUGUAGCCGAAUAUUUCCGUGACCAGGGUCUCAAUGUUGCCAUGAUGGCUGAUUCUUCUUCCCGAUGGGCUGAGGCUCUUCGAGAACUUUCAGGUCGUCUGGGAGAAAUGCCUGCCGAUCAGGGUUUUCCCGCCUACCUGGGUGCCAAGCUUGCUUCUUUCUACGAGCGAGCCGGUCGUGUCCAGACCCUUGGCUCUCCUGAGCGAGAGGGCAGUGUCAGCAUUGUCGGUGCUGUCAGUCCCCCUGGUGGUGAUUUCUCGGAUCCCGUUACAACAGCUACUUUGGGUAUUGUGCAGGUCUUCUGGGGUCUUGACAAGAAGCUCGCUCAGCGAAAGCAUUUCCCUUCCAUCAACACCUCGGCCUCUUACAGCAAGUACAACAACAUUCUUGACAAGUACUACGAGAAGAACUACCCCGACUUCCCCCGACUUCGUGACCGCAUCAAGCAGCUCCUUUCCGACUCUGAGGAGCUUGACCAGGUCGUGCAGCUUGUCGGAAAGAGUGCCCUGUCUGAUCCCGACAAGAUUACUCUCGAUAUCGCUGGCUUGAUCAAGGAGGAUUUCCUCCAGCAGAACGGUUACUCAGACUAUGACCAGUUCUGCCCCAUCUGGAAGACUGAGUGGAUGAUGAAGCUCAUGGUUGGUUUCCACGAUGAGGCUCAGAAGGUUAUUGCACAGGGCCAAAGCUGGUCCAAGGUGCGAGAGGCUACUUCCGACUUACAAGCCAACCUGCGACAACUUAAGUUCGAGGUGCCUACCGAGGGCCAAGAAGUCAUUACCAAGAGAUACGAGGAGAUUCAACAGAAGAUGACAGACAAGUUUGCUGCUGUCAUGGACGAGUAA